AUGCUCAAGAAUGCGGCGAAGCAGCGGAUCAGGAGGAUGGUUGCCCCAAAAAAGAAAAGGAGUGACCUCGAGGCUCCUGCCUGGAUGAGGGAUCGCUGGAACAAAGGCACUGCGGAGAAGGAUGAAAUGGCGGAUGUCCUGCAGCAGGUCAACUGGUCCAAGGAGAGGUUCAUCAGCGAGCUCUACAGGAUCAUAGUCAAGAAGGUUGUCAUUGAGAUUGCGAAAGACCAGGGCUGGUAUAGCGAAUGCCAGAUGAAGUCUGAAUUGAAGUGGUCUUCGCAAAGGAUCUCGGGUGCAGUUGCCAUGUGCAACAAAACCCCGGCUACGCACAUUCGGUCGGCUUGGCUGCGAUUAUUGUAA